AUGUCUACUGCUACAAAAAAAAUAUCGAAUACAGAUGUAAAUAUUACUAUAAGAAUCUUAAAAGCUCUGGGUAAACAUAAACCAUUUGGAAUAUUUAGAAAAUUUAUUAUGAUACAAGUUCUUAAGAAUUUAAAGCAGCCUAAUGUUAUAUCAGCAGAUGAUAUUUGGAAGUUUUUGUAUUCUCGUUACGAUAGGACAAAAUUUGAUACUUUAGCGAAUAUUAAAUACAAAUUAAGAAAAUUUUCUUAUGAUGAUUGCAAAUAA